AUGAGCACCCCCUAUAAUGGUUCUCCUUGUGGCUCAACCCUGCCCCGUCUUGUAGAUAGACUGUCAAAUAGUGUUCGGGUGGUUCCCAUCACCCAAUCUACUUCAUCAUCUGAAUCAAGCUCUAGGAACUCUUCAGUUACAAGAAGAGGGGAAGGGUCUGGCUGUCAUCGUUGGAGACCAUUUAACACCGUCGUAUGGCUUUCGGUUGAGCUAGUGUUCACUGUAGGCCAAAUUAUUGCAGCCAUUAUUGUUUUGUCUGUCUCAGGACAUGAGAACCCACGAACUCCAUUGUUUGCUUGGAUUGUGGGUUACGCAGUUGGGUGUGCCGCAAGCCUUCCCCUCCUUUUUUGGCGUUAUCUUCACCGCAACCAGGGUACUGAACAAGGGUCAACUCAAUUGCGUCAAGAUUCUUCCCAGGGAAACUCUACAUCAGAACCUAAUUCUUACAUUACUAUCUCAUCAACUCGGGCCUCAGAAGAGGAAGAUGGUCAGAAUACAUCUUCGGGCACUAGGAUUGGUCAAAUAAUGGGACCUCCAAAUGCUAGGUUAAGUGCCCUGAUGGACCACUUAAAGAUGGCCUUGGAUUGCUUCUUUGCAGUAUGGUUUGUUGUUGGCAAUGUAUGGAUCUUUGGUGGGAAUUCAUCUUCUUCUGAUGCUCCCAAUUUGUACAGAUUAUGUAUAGUGUUUCUUACAUUUAGCUGUAUUGGGUAUGCUAUGCCCUUCAUUUUAUGCUCAGUGAUUUGCUGCUGUUUGCCUUGUAUUAUUUCAUUCUUGGGUGUCCGUGAUGACAUGAAUCGAAUGAGAGGGGCUUCUGAAGAAACUAUUAAUGCUCUGCCAACACACAAAUUCAAGUUAAAGGAUAAAGGUAGUCGCAGCAACUGUGACAGUAAUCCAGGAGUUGAUGAAGGUGGUUUUGUGGCCGCAGGAACGGAAAGAGAGCGUGUAAUCUCAGGGGAAGAUGCUGUGUGUCGCAUUUGCUUGGCGAGAGACGCAGAUAAUGACGAGUUGAGAUAGGUGCCUUGCUCUCAUUUCUUUAAUUGUGUUGCAUUUGCUUGGUGUGUUGCAUUUGCUUGGCGAAAUACGCAGAUAAUACGUAGAUAAAUGGCUGAAGAUCAAUGCAUCCUGUCCCUCUGUAAAUUUGAGAUUGGUGACAGCAAUGGAAAUUCAUCAUCUACAGGAGAACCCAGCCAGCAAGUGUGAAGUAUCAGGGGAUUGAAGUUACACGGUACACUAAAUGUGAUCAUAUCGUGGGAUCAACUUGCUCUUUUAGUGGGAACACUUCCUCUUAAAUUGAACCUUGCCCCCCUUUUUUGCCAAUGAAUCCGGGUUGUACAGUUUGAGUCAAAUCAAUAAUCUUGUGAAGCUUGUAUAAUAUUAUUUUCAAUUUCAAUUAUUCACAUCAAAUUUUAAGUUGGAAGGCUGUGCAUGAAUAUUGACUACUAUUCUCUGGAAUGAAUGAAUGAAUGAUUUGAACA